AUGGUGCUAUGGACAGAAUUCAAAUCUCUGUACCCCGGAGGUACAUUUGUGGACUGGUCCUUCACAAAAUCUAUGGGAACCGAACUAGAUUCGUCGUUCGACGUCAACAUAGAUCCAACGACAGACAUAGGUGAAGACUUGUGUGUGGCUAUCGAUCCGAUCAGCAAUUUCACAGCCGUGAAAUGUGACGAUAAAUAUUUUAGCUACUGUUUUGUGAAGCCGUACUCCGAGGAAGACGACAUUUCUGACUCCGGUUGUGACGAAUUGAAUGACGCGGUCAGAUUUUGGAGUCCGGAUUCCACGUGCCUUACGGUUUUGACCGGUGUCGGAGGUGGUCCGGUGAGAGCCACUUGGAAGCAAGCCCAGGACUUAUGUGGGAAGCGAGGGGGUUCACUCCUGAAUCGGGGUUGGAGAUAUUCCAAUAAUCCUAUAUUUCAUAAUAACGGUUACAACAAUACCUAUCCUCUGGGAGUUAUUAUGAAUUCGGAUUUCACUUCCUUACGAUAUGAUACAAUGGAUGAUCGUUCUAUGGUUCCUUCGUCUGAGUGGAAUUUUGAUGAAAUAUGCAAUAAUAACUCAGACACUCUGUUUGGUGCUCUUCGAGAAGAUUUCUGGUAUCUCAUAAACGGUUCCUACAUAUUCUUCGACGUUAUCUGUGAGCGAAGCAUUCAUGUUAAAAACCUAGACAUGAGACUUGAUAUUGACUUAGACAACAAGAUUACUUUAGAAGUAAACGACUCGAUAGAUAGCGACAAAAUAUAUUGUUAUACAGACUCUUUGGAUCGUCAUCUAGCCAAAGUUGGUAAACGUCGUAAAGACGAAACAAACACCUUUAUCGUGAAGCCAGAGAAAGACGGCUACUACUGGUGUACCCACGUGGAUGUGAAAAAUUAUAAUACGUCGGAGUCGAACCGAGUACUAUUUAUCAGAGAAAAACAAUCGGUCGUUAAUCGUUAUGCGGUUAAAAUACGUCACUUUAGGCGACUGAAACUGGAAGCGAUCGAUAAGCUAGUUCCCAUUUGGGAGAUGAAAUUGAAAGAGUACAUCUUUUUCCGGAAUAAAUAUGAAAGUGUGUUUGGCGCGUUUAACUCGAAUUACAACGAAGACACCUUGAAAAGUUUUAAGUUUUCAAACCCCGCCUUAAAUUGGAAGGAAAAGGUUAUUUUGGAGAAAGUCAAAGUGCAGAGACUGUACCUAGACGCUCAAUCAGUUUUGCUGCAUGUAGAAUUGAGUGCUAGUAUAAACGUCGUCGCUCCCGGUUUUUGGGACGGAUUGGAAAUUGUGUAUAUGAAGCCAGUUUAUUUCUGUAAAGGAUUUGACACAGUUCCAACAGUAGCUCUCGAUGAAUCAGUAGCAUCAGCUGGUUGUCGAACCCAUACGUGCGUGGGUGACUUCAACGAAGGUGUCCAAUGGGUGACAAGUGCCACACGAGACUGCUCCACCUACGGCUCCUUCACUAUUGACACGGAAGUGGAGUUAAGCACAGAACUCCACUUCGCCAUGCCUACAGCCAAUCCUACACCAGACACGCUUCGGGAUACCACUGAUAACACCUCAUCAGAACUUUGGGAGGACACAGACGAACCAGAAAUAACGAGCACCACUUUAAGUUCACUAAUGAGAUCCAAUCGCACUGAUAGCGACGAAGUCACGUCAAUACCAGAGGAAACAAUACCAGAGGAAAUAUUAACAGCUACCCCAGUCAUAACCACUGAAGAGAUUUUAACUGGGACUCCUUUCAUACCCACUGAUCUCACUCCACCCACAACCACCACCACCACCACAACACCAGCUCCUAGGCCGCCAGACCAAGUACUGCAACAAGUGUUGGAUGAUUUGACAACUCUCACAAACAACUCCGUUCCAGUUUUUUUGAACAACAUAACACAAGUCUUCGAUGAGGUAGAUAAUCUUCUAGAGGACACUGACAGCUUGGAGAUACCGAGUCAGCUCCUACAUAUGCUGGAUAAGCUGGGAUCCACGAUACAAUUGAACGGUUCUCACGUGGCCUCUGCAGUAAGAAGUAACAUAGCUCUCGUCAUGGCAGACGCGGAGCCAGAGUAUCCAGUAAGAGGAAUACGGAUCGCUGCUAGAAGUGAUGACGUUUUUGUGCCUGAUGCAUUUCAAGUUAUUAAUGAUACCCCGAACGAUACGGAGUUACAAACGGGUGAAAAUGAAGCUGUGGUGGUGUUACCAAACUCUAUCUCAGACUCGUUGCGAAGAAUUAGCUUCGUGGUUUUCAGGAAUGAUAAAGCAUUUCAGAAUGCCGACAGGCACGAAGUCAACAGCCGUGUUCUCAGCAUCAAAGUGGAAAAUAUGACACAAUUCAAGAAAGGCGAGGCGAUCGAUAUACACCUAAGUCCUAUUACAUCGAAUAUCACGCGGAACCAAAGCCGAACUUGCGGCUACUGGGAGUUCCGCGACGACGGAACUGGAUACUGGUCCCAAGAGGGAUGCACCUUUAUACCGUCAUCUGGCGCUGAUGAUCUGGACACAUGCAGAUGCACCCAUCUCACACAUUUUGCAGAAAUUCUCGUCCCAAGGGAACUAUUCUCCGAACACCAUGAGCGUGUCCUGGAAAUGAUAACCGUUAUUGGCUGUUGCUUGUCUUUGUUUGGUUUAUCCCUGGUCGCAGUCACAGCCAUCAUAUUCAGGACCUGGAGACGCGACUUCAGCAAUAAGAUUUGGCUUCAGCUCUGCGUCGCAAUAUUCCUAUUGGCUCUGACGUUCAUUGUGGUGGUAUUCGCUCGUUUUAGUACUUACAACAUUCCCUGCAUGUUAAUAGGUGUCGCUUUGCACUACUCAGUUCUGGCAUCGUUUUGCUGGAUGCUGGUGGCCGCCGUUUUAUCAUAUCGACGUUUAGUCCUGGUCUUCUCCAGGGACGCCUCUCACAAGCUUUUGAGAGCAUCAGUUUUUUCUUGGGGCACGCCCUGUGCGAUCGUCGGUGUUCUUCUUUCGAUAGCUCCGAACUCUUAUGCGGGGCGUUUUGAAGAGAAGACCCCGAGCGGUUCCUUCUGUUACCCGUCUGGUGUCAGUUUAUGGGUAACGGUGUACGCUCCUAUUUGUGGCGUUAUUUUGGUGAACUGGACGCUAUUUUUCCUGAUAGUUCGCUCCGUGUUCGCUUCCAGACGAAUCCAACGGCACGGAGAUUCAAAUGAGGCACUUCGCUGCGCGUCUGUCAGCUGCUUACUGGUGUUCUUGUUUGGUCUGCCGUGGAUUUUCGGACUCUUCGCCUCAAACCUUGUGGCGGCGUAUCUGUUUUCGCUAACGGCCUCUUACCAGGGAUUCAUUUUGUUCCUAUUCUUUAUAGUUGGUAAUAAAAAAACUCGAGACUUAUGGCUGAACAAGUUGAAGAUAAUACAGACGAGGAAGGUGCCUGUGACCUCGUCGACGUAUUCCAACAGGAGCACGGGGUGGAGGCCCAACGCGAGUACCACGAUAGAAUCGAAGGUCUCGAAGCCCAAGUCGCUGUCCACUCCAGAUGACUCGAGAUUCUCUUGA